AUGCGGCAAAAGGCAUUCUUUGGUGCUGGGGUGAUGUGGAGUGUGGAAGAGGGAGGAUUGGAGGGGGCAGGUGGGGAGGGGAGUGGUGGUGAUAGUGAUGAGAGUGAUUCUCGGGAGGGUGAGUAUGACGAGGGGUCGAGCUCAGAAGAGGACAAGGACGACAACACGCUGGGCUUUUCAAGAAAGUUCCAUGUCUCUGCCUCUGCUGCUGCCGCUGCUGCUGCCUCUCCUCACACAUCUGGCAUUCAAAGUGCCACCAGCGCCACUCCUUUCAACCAGAGAGCCUAUGCCUCCUCCCCUGCCCACUCAGCCCUCUCUCGUCCCUCCCCUUCACGGUCCAACUUCACCUCCUCCCCAGUCCAUGCCUCCUAUGCUAAUUCACCUGCCCAGGCUGCCUUCUCUUCUUCUCCUGCCCAGGGUGCCUUUCCUUCCACUUCAAUUGCCAGAAGCGCCUCCUCUGGGACUGCCACCCCUGCUGCUUCUGCUGCAGUGGCCCUCAGGAGUGUGAUGAAGGGAUCGAUCACAAGCCCUCAUGGAAGAGAGACGCUGCUGCGCAGUAGUGCAAGCGAAAGCGGCAGCAGUCGAGGUGAUGGUGGUGGUGACAGUGGGGAGAUGGCUAUUGAGAGCAAGAAUGACCAGACAGAAAAUUCAGGUGCUGGCUCAUCCACCACACUACCCUCGGUGAGCCCGCCAUCACCCUUGUCAGUCGCAGGCUCCUUCACCUCCUUUCUACAUGCUCGCAACAACCGCCCUGCCACGCCGUCAGACUGCGCGAGCGAGAAAGCAUUUCACAAGCAGCGGGAUAUAAUUCCUCUUAACGCGGAUGACGAAUUCGAGGAAGAUGAUGAUAAUAUCGAUGCGGAUCUUAACGCGGCUGUCAUGGACAUCAAGGGCGCCGAAGACAGUGAAGAGGAGGACGAUGACGAGGAUAUUGACGAGGACGUGGAGGCAGAUAUGCAGCUCUCGGGCCUUGCUGCUAAAAUGGAGAAACAGGCCAAGUACCUGAGGAUGAAGCUUGGGGGUGUUAAGGAGGAUGAGGAGGACGAGGAGGAGGAGGAGGAGGAGGAGGAGGAAGGGGAGGGGGCGCUUUGGGGGCAGAAGAAGCGGGAGUACUACAGCGCGGAUAACGUGGAUUAUGAGAAACGGGAGUACGACAGUGCGGAUGAUGUGGAUUAUGAGAAAGAGGCUUAUAACGGGUCUGCUCCUAAACCCUCUGUGAAGGAUGCGAGUCUGCUGACAAAGGAGGAGCAGAUGGCUGCGCUGAUGAGUGACGCCCCAGAGCUGGUGGGUCUACUGUCGGAUCUCAAAACAACUCUCAAGGAGCUCAACACCAAAGUGCUGCCGCUGCUGCAGCAGGUGCGGGAGGGAGAGUACGCGACCGAAAAUGGAGUAUCUUACCUGGAGGCAAAGCACGGGUUGCUGCUGCACUACUGCUGCUGCCUGCUCUUCUUCCUGCUGCUCAGAGCAGAGGGCAAACCAGUCAGGGACCACCCCGUGGUCUCUCGCCUCGUGGAGCUUCGAUUGUUCCUGGAAAAGAUUCGUCCUAUUGACAAGAAACUGCAGUAUCAGAUCGAGAAGCUUCUCAAGCUAGCCUCCUCGGCCAAUCGCAGCGCGACACCUGGCAAGCAGUCCGCGGCAGCAGCAGAGGCCACGGCAGGAGGCUCACUAGACGACCUGAAACACCGUCCCAACCCGAACCUCCUAGUGUCAAAACUCGGGGGAAGUGGCGGCGAUGGGGGAGAGGCCAGCAGGCAGACGCAUCGAUCGAGGGAUGGGAGGGAUGAGGAGAGGGAGAUGCGGGAGGCGAGGAGGCGCGCUGCUAGGAGCGCGUUUGUGAAGGAACUGGCUGAAGACGUGGAGGGACGGCCAAGAGAGAUGCGAGUGGAGGGAGCGAUGACGAUGAUGGUUGAGGGCAAGGAGAUGGCGAGGGAGGUGGAGCGGCUGAGAGAGAGGGAGGGAGCAUCUGAUGCUAACUCACACUUGCAUGCUCUCGUUCCCUUCCCCCUCCUUCCCAUGCAGAUGCGGGUGGAGGGCGCCUCGACUAUGAUGGUGGAGGGCAAGGAGAUGGAGAGGGAGGUGGAGCGGCUGAGAGAGAGGGCUGCAGCGGAGGAGCGCAUGUUCUCACGCGUGCCUCUGAACCGUGGGGAGAAGCAGCGACUUAAAGCCCUCAAGAGGAGCCAGAACAUGCUGGCCGGUAUGCUGGAUGAUUUUGACGAUGAUAUUGCGGGCAUCAUGGCAGCAGGGGAGGAGGGGGGCGCUCAGGCAGGCCUCACAGGACCAGCAGGAGGCGCAGCAGAGCGGGGAGGGAUAGGAGGGUUGACGAGUGCUGGGAUGCUGGAGUCGCUGCUGCGGCCGCGCAAGCUGUCAGAGGCGAUUCACGAGGCUGGCAAGAUGACUUCAGUCAGGGGAGCACCAGGCAAGGUGAUAUCUGGCGAUGCUGAUCUCCCCUUGAAGCCCGACCUGGGUGAGCGCCGCCGAGCCUACGAGGCAGGCGUGGUGGCGAAGCAGGUCCGGAAGCGAGGCCCGGAAGACCUAAGGUUCGACCAAGGAGACGAGGACGGAGGGGAGAGAGAGGGAGGGGAAGGAGGGGAGGAGGACGAGUUUUACGCUGAGGCUCGGAAGAUGCAGGAGGCUCGGCGGUCCGCCAAGGCUGCCAAAUACUCCUCCUCUGGCCUCAUUCCUGAAGCAGAGCCAUCAGUGGACGAGGAUGGGCGCCGGCAAAUCACCUCCCAGAUUGAGAAGAAUCGCGGCCUGACAGCACACCGCAACAAGGCUGUCAAGAACCCGCGCAAGAAGUACAAGCUCAAGCAUGCGAAUGCUGUGGUUCGACGCAAGGGCCAGGUGCGUGAUGUCAAGCGUGAAACUGCUCCUUAUGGCGGUGAAUCGACGGGGUUGAUUUGGACGGAGGGAGGUUCCGAGCAGCUCGGAGCUCUGCUCGAAGGAGGGAGUGUUUACCGAGAGAGAUUCGUCAUCAGGUGUUACGAAGUCGGCGUUCAUAAGACCGCGUCUAUAGAAACUAUCGCCAAUUUAUUGCAGGAGGUGGGGACCAAUCAUGCUCACAGCGUUGGGUUUUCUAAGGACGGCCUGGCAACCACGCCAGGCAUGCUGAGACAUAACUUAAUAUGGGCAACAACUCGGAUCCACAUCGAGAUGUACAAGUAUCCAACCUGGGGAGAUGUCGUUGAAAUUGACACGUGGUGUCAGUUAGAGUCAAACAUAUUGACACGGAGAGACUGGAUCAUUCGGUUGUCAAACUCUGGUGACGUCAUUGGCCGAGGCACCAGUUCCUGGGUGAUGAUGAAUUCCAAAACACGUCGUUUGGCUCGAAUUCCGUCUGAUGUGUGGGAGGAGAUUAUUGUUCACUGCCCUAAUCCUUCCCUGUAUGCUCUUCCUCCGGACGCGGUGGACAAGUUGCCGAAGCUCAAAGAGCCCGCUGACCAUUCCAAAUCGAGUCUCUGUGCCAGAAGAAGUGACUUGGACAUGAAUCAGCAUGUCAACAAUGUUACUUACAUUGCAUGGAUGCUCGAAAGUUUGCCUCAGGAUCUUGUUGACAGCUCGGAGCUGGCUCAAAUAAGCAUUGAGUAUAGGCGAGAAUGCAGUCAGAAUGACAUGGUGGAGACACUGGCCAGUCACACAGUGCCAGCCGCCAAACCAGAGGCCAUCAAACAGUGCACCACCACAGAUGGGGUCCUUUUGUCGAAGGAAUCCGAGGAGGCAAAAGGUGUCUGCUUGUUAACGCUGGUGGAGCGAGAGAGCCCUGAAGAGCUUCAGCACUUUUCGCACAUCCUGCGGCUUCAGGAUAGCAAGAAAGAGAUCAACAAGGGUCACACAGUGUGGCGCAAGAGGAGAUAA